UCUAUCUAUUUAUCUAUUGAUCGUUCUUGAUCGUCUGUAUGAUGCUCUGAUGUCAGCGCAGCCAAUCACGUGCCCGCCUGUCCCGCAUCGCCUCCUUUCGCUCCUUCUUCCUUCCUUCCUCCUUCACUUCGACUUCAUCCUCUCUCUCCUCUCUCCUCUCUUCUUCUUUCUUCCUCUCUCUCUUUUAUCUUGUUAUCCUCCCCCUCCAUCUCCAUGCCCCUCUUCCGUCGCAGCAAGCACAAGUCUCCACCCACUUCCUCUCCUGCAUUCCGUUCUGUUGAGAAUCUCCUAUCGAACCCCCCUGGCGUCGUCGAUCUCGACCGCCGUUUCUCCGUCUCCACUACCCAAGACGCCUCUUCUAAGCCGCUGCCUCAGCCUCAUUCUUCGGCCACGCAGCCCUCGUUUCCUCGUCGCGCACAGUCCCAGCGACGAUCUCAGAAUUUUGACUCUCUGCCCACGCUGAACCCGCCGGUCCCCACCACCACUUUAAAUACCACCGCUUCAACGACACCUACUACCACUACUACUACUACUACUACUUCUACUGCCACCACCAUUCCACCGUCGUGGCCCUCGUCUUCCGGGGAUCAACUCGAAGAUCAAGAGCUUCCGACCAAGUCCCGUCGGAGUCUCUUCUCGCGACACCCCGCCAACCCCCCGCGAGACCCACCCGGGUUCUUGGGACGCAAUCUGUCCGUGAGGAAGCCGUCCCCCUCGGACCCGCGUCAUCGCCGCCCGUUGUCCCUGGACACCAACACCAAAACCCAUCAACACCACCAUCACCACCACCACCAUCGUCCGGCGCUUAGUGCCCCAGACGAUGCAGUAGAGCCCCCUCAGAAUUCCUCCGAGUCAUCCAUGCCGCAGAACGCCGUACGAACGCCCCAUUCGCCCCUCCCCCCACCCCCCGCCAUUCAGCGAUCCACCACCGAUUCUUCGCGCCUUGAGAGCUUAUACCGCCCUUCCCCUGUUGAAUCGUCGCGACUGCCCUCCGAGGGGAACGCCAGCAACCCGCACCUUGACCGUCUCUUGCACACCCGACCCCCGUCCCGCCAGUCGCUCGGUCCGCCGUCCCCGCUGCCCCCGCAACCACCCCACUCCGAGUUCUCAUCUGCAACCUCGCUGAGUGGCAUGUCUGAUCGCCCGUCCGGCGGUUCCCCGGCUGGUUCGUCCGCCAACGCUGCCGCCGCCGCCGCCGCCGCCUCCUCCGGCGGCCAUUCGCCGUACCCCCAGGGCUCCGCCCCAGAAACUGGGCUCCGCGGCAAUGCCGCGACCCCGCCCCACUCGCAGCAACAAUCCCAAUCGCAGCCACCCCCACCGUCCUCUGAGUCCGGUCGGAGUCCUCCCACCGCGCCCAGCAACCGGGCGCGGGAGGAAUCAGCGGACGUGGACGUCCGCACCUUGGUCCAGAAACAUGACGAACUGCAGGCCAAAUAUUCCAAGGUGAAACGCUACUAUUUCGAAAAGGAAGCCCAGGUGCAGCACCUCCAGAACACCGUCGCCCACCAGCGCAUGGCUGUCUCGCGCACGGUCCUGGAUGAUAAUGAGUAUGCCAACCGGUUCGGUCGCCUCGAGGGCGCCAUCAAGGAUCUAGCCUUCGCCGUCCGCAAAGAUUGGAAGAGCCUGCCCUCGUGGCUGGUCGGAUUUGUCAACGACGAUGCCCAUCAGACGGGCACCAAGGAGAUGACCGCCAUUGGCCGGGCGGUCAUCAGCCGCUGGCUCGUCGACGAGCUCUUCGAGUGUCACUUCCACCCGGCCCUCGAGUCUUCGCUCAGCCGCCAGCUCAAGAGCAUCGAGAUGAACCUGCGCCGGCAGCAGGGUCAGACAACCACUGAGGAGGACAAGGAGAACGCCAUCGCGCGCAUCUCCAACUGGCGCCGCACCACGCUCGACGGGCUGACCGAGGCGCUGCACGGGCCCGCCGCGGACACGUAUCGCGCCGACCUGAUCGAGCGCCUGGUGUCCAACCUCGUCGCCACGCUGGUCAUGCAUCUGGGCGAUCCCCCGCCGCCCGGUAUCGACAACGGGGUGCGGAUGAUCGUGGAGAAUGCCGUGGGCAUCGCCGACAAGAUCCCGCUGGAGUCGCGCGACGUGUGCAUCGAGUAUGUGCUCCCCGGCACCCCGCUGCGGGAGAUGACCAUGAAGGUGGAGACGGGCAUCCCACCCCUGACCGGCGUCAGCAGCGAGGCCAUCUCCGGCGGGGCGCUACGCGGCUCCGUCGACCAGGACCGGUCGCCCGAGGGACCCGGCCCGGACGAGGCCGACGCGGAUCGCGACGACCCGUCGGGACCCAUACCCCCGGACGGCAAACAACGGCGGUCCAUGUUCACCUCGCUGAUGAUGGGUCGCCGACCGGUCCCGAAUGCCGGGGGACCGGCGCCGCCAGGGCCCGCCGCCGGAUCCGCCGCGGGCUCCAGCGGCGAGGCAUCCCGGCCCGUGGCCGAGGAGCGAGGUGGCUCGGCCGGUCACGGUCGGGUCCGGUUGGCGUGUUUUGUGACGGCGGAGGUGCGUGGACGAGGACCGAUGAACGUGCUGGUCAAGUCUCCGGUCUAUACCAUGGAUUGAGUGGGUUUUACCGCUGGAACCUGUGGUCGUGUUGAAU